AUGGAGAUCGCCCAGCCGCACUCGCAGGUGCUGGAGGAGAAGCUACAACGUGUUCUCGGUACCAAUGCACAACUCAAGGCGGAUCUGGAGCGUAACACGGAUCCCGUAUCGAAGGCGAGCCAGCGCCUGAUCCACUACGCGACGACCACCACCGAGCCGCUGCUGGGCGUGAGCGUUGGUUCUACCAGCGAGGCACGCGAGGCGCCGAAAUCGCCGGGGUGCUGCAUCGUGAUGUGA